AGGCAGGGAGAGAGGGGGACACAGAAUCCGAAGCAGGCUCCAGGCCCUGAGCUGUGAGCACGGAGCCGGACGUGGGGCUGGAACCCACAAAUUGAGAGAUCAUGACCUGAGCCAAAGGCAGACGCCUAACCGACUGAGCCACCCAGGCGCCCCUCCAUGCUUUAAGGCAGAGUUUGCAAAGGUAAUCUGCUAACAUUUCAUCUGUUAGGCACUUUCAGCUUAUCUGGUCCUGGCCUGAAGAGCACAUUCGGGCCCUCUCUUUUCUUUUCUUCCUUCUCUUUUCUUCCUCGUGUGUGUGUCUGUCUUCUGGUUAAAACGCCACAGAUACUCAGAGGCAGUAUUUUAGAAUUGGACCUAGAAGCCAGAACGUGGGUGUCUGUGGCUCGCUGACUUUCAGGUUCAGUAUUACAAUACCAUCCCCAGCUUCGCGGGCGAACUCAGAACGAGACGCUGACCUUGGACUCUAAGGCAAAUAGAAAAGUCUGGGUAAAAAGUUGGGAGGGUUCGCUGCUGUUCCUGCCAGCCGAGAGUUAAAAACGAAAACCCAAGCAUCCGAAACCGAACCCAGGAGCUCCAUGCUUUUCUGUCGCCCGCGGUCCCGCCAUCCGCUCGGGUGGCGUCUCGGGAACUGCAGACACAGCUCGGGCGGGCGCCCGAAGGACAGGGAGCGCCCGGGUGCGGCCCGGUCCCGGCGCCUGGCGCGGAGGCGCGCACACCCCUUUUCUGCAGACUCACAGGUGUUUAAGAUAGAAGUACUAAUGAAUGGAAGAAAACAUUUUGUUGAAAAAAGGUACAGCGAAUUUCAUGCCUUGCACAAAAAGCUUAAGAAAUGUAUAAAAACUCCAGAAAUCCCUUCUAAACAUGUUAGGAACUGGGUCCCAAAAGUCUUGGAGCAACGACGACAAGGUUUGGAAACAUAUUUACAGGCUGUCAUUUUAGAAAAUGAAGAGCUCCCCAAGCUGUUCCUUGAUUUCCUAAAUGUGCGACACUUGCCCUCUCUACCAAAGGCAGAGAGUUGUGGAUCGUUUGAUGAGACAGAAUCUGAAGAAUCAAGCAAACUGUCCCACCAGCCGGUGCUACUGUUCCUCAGGGAUCCAUACGUCUUGCCUGCAGCCAGCGAUUUUCCAAAUGUGGUUAUUGAAGGAGUUCUCCACGGGAUAUUUUACCCUCAUCUGCAGCCCAGGAAAUAGAAACCACGGUAGGUAUUUUAAGCAGGAUGGAAUAGUGAGAAAUUGGAUGCUCAUAGAAUCUUUUGGAAGGAUGAGGAGAGUGAACUUCUAGUGGAUAAUCCAGGAAUGACUUCCAGAAUCCUCCAGCAACAUCUAAUACCCACCUGCCAGGGGAGCUACAACCUUUGCCUUAAGCAGGAAUUCAGGGAGCCAGGAGGCUGCUCCUGGAGCUAUUGAGGUCAAAACAAAACAAAAAAACUACGCUGUAGCUGUGAUCCGGGUAUCAGCAAGCAAGAUCAGGAGGUAAUUAUUACCACUAUAACUGCCUCAUAGCAGGAAUCUGGGGACUGGGCCCUGGAACAGAGUGUCCACCUUUGCCACCUGCACUAACAUCCCCUCUCAACACCCUUGACUUUGCUUGCCCACAGCUACAGCCGGAAGAUGGUGUUCACCCACCUCCAUUUUCCAUCUCAUGAAAGCGUAUCCAAUUGGCAGAACCUUAUGAUCAAUCCCCAGCCUCAAGGGAGUCUGGGAGGGCUUGGAACUGCCUGGUCCCUGCACUGCAGGAAUGGACAUUGGAAAGAGGCUGGAAUAUAUUUCCAUGGUUGAAAAUUUAAUAACAACAUAAAAAAGGAUAUAUAAAAAAAAAGAAAAAUCUCCCACCCCGUCUCCUACAUCCCGUCCCCGCCCCCCACACAACCACUGUGCUUAGUUUAUAUGUGUACCUACAGAGAUUUCAGCCACAUACAUGCAAAAUCAUGUUUAGUAUACGUAUUCCAUUUCUCCCUUUUUUACAAAACAAGGAUUUUCCAAGACAUGGAUUCAUAGACAAUAGAGCAGUAAAAGAGUAAGGGGAAGAAAAAAUAAAAGGAGGGGUAACCACACUGUCCCUUAAAGCAGGAGCCCGGGACAGCUGUCAUCUGCUGUGCUCCUAGUUCAUGAAUCUGGUGGUCUGUCUGGGCUGGGUCUCAGGCGGUCUCUUGGUGCUUCCUGCGCAGCCUCUCGGGCCUCACCUCCAUCAUCUGGCCAUUUCCCGACCAGCACCCCUUAUGUCCUCUUUGACCCACCCCACUUUUUCAAACAGCUCUCUAUCUCUGCCACCCUGAAUACACCAGCCGUCCCUAUCUGGUAAAUCCUCAGUCAGUUCGCUUUGAAAAGUAUAGAAAUGUAAUCCACUCGGUUUACAAAAAUAAAAAUGUCAGUAGAAAACAACCUAUGUGAAUUGCCAACCAUUUUACACAGAUUUUUUACUUUAAAAUUCUAGCCAAUAAAUAUAUUUUUUGAUUUUAAAGAAGUGUCAAAAUCUCAUGAUCACAGUUUAGAAAUAACACAUGGCUCUCAUAUCAUCUGACACCUGUGAUCAAAUGAUAAUGGCCACUUAAUAAGGAUUCUGGCACACCCUUUAGAGUGACUGCUAUAAAAAAAAAGCAAAUAACAACUGUUGGCAAGGAUGCGGAGACCUUGAAACCCUUGUACAUUGCUGGCGAGAAUGUAAAAGGGCACAGCCUCAGUGGAGAAUGGCAUGGCAUUUUUUUCAGAAAAGUAUACAAGUGACCAUGUGAUCUAACCAUUCCACUUCCGGGUAUAGACCCGAAAGAAGUGAAAGCAGGGACUUGAGC